UUUACCUUCAGCUUAAAAAGAUAACGAAAAAAGAGAAACAAAACUCCAAACAGAUUUCCUUUCAACGCUAUCCAUUUUCAUAUCUCCAUUCCUUCAUCAAUGGAGGUAGCAUUACCGACUCUAAAUCCACCUCAAUGUAGGCCUCUUUCCGCUAAUUUCGCCGCCUGCUCUGUUUCAGCUCUCGCCUUUUCUCCCUCGAUCACUCGGAAAUCUUCGCCUGCUCGAGGUAGGACUUGGCUUAUUAGGGCUUCCCUUGCUGUCGAGCAGCUGGCCGAGAGUAAAGCUGCCGUGAUCAGAAUCGGAACUAGGGGGAGUCCACUCGCCCUCGCUCAAGCUUACGAAACUCGAGAUAAACUGAUUAGGUCGAAUCCUCAGUUAGCUGAAACGGGAGCAAUUCAAAUUGUGGUCAUCAAGACAACAGGGGACAAAAUUCUGACUCAGCCUCUUGCAGAUAUCGGUGGAAAGGGUUUAUUCACUAAGGAGAUUGAUGAGGCGCUCAUUAACAGCGAUAUCGACAUAGCUGUCCACUCGAUGAAAGAUGUUCCAACGUAUCUUCCCCAAAAUACAAUGAUACCUUGCAAUCUCCCGAGGGAGGAUGUCCGGGAUGCUUUUAUCUGCUUGACCGCAGCCUCUCUGGCUGAGCUUCCUGUAGGAAGCACUGUAGGCACAGCUUCGUUGAGAAGGAAGUCACAACUUCUCAACAGGUAUCCAUCACUUCAGGUACUGGAGAAUUUUCGAGGUAAUGUACAGACAAGGUUGAAAAAAUUAAAUGAAGGAGUAGUCCAAGCAACAUUAUUGGCAUUGGCUGGAUUGAAGCGCCUAAACAUGACAGAAAAUGUCACUUCUGUUCUAUCCAUUGAUGAUAUGCUCCCUGCUGUAGCUCAAGGGGCUAUAGGAAUUGCAUGUAGAAGUGAUGAUGAAAAGAUGGCCACUUAUUUGGCAGCCUUGAAUCAUGAGGAUACCAGAUUAGCAGUUGCAUGUGAGAGGGCGUUCCUGGAGAAAUUGGAUGGAUCGUGCCGUACUCCAAUAGCUGGAUAUGCCUGUCGUGAUGAGGAUGGAAACUGUCUAUUCAGAGGACUGGUGGCAUCUCCUGAUGGAAUCCAAGUACUUGAAACCUCUAGAAGUGGCCCUUAUGCUUUUGAUGAUAUGGUUAAGAUGGGAAAAGAUGCCGGUGAGGAGCUUCUAUCUCGAGCUGGUCCUAAUUUCUUUGACCGAUGAGUAGUCAAAUGUUGAGAGAGAGAGAGAAGAGAACCGGAGUCACGUUUUUCCAUUUCUGGUUAGCACCUAGACACUAGUAAAGAUUGCGUUUGGUUGUAGUGUUGUACUAUGGAUAGCAUCUUGUUAAUCUUGUUGGAAUUUUUGGCUAAAAGUCCAUUUGAUAUACCGUUGGAAUUUUUGUAGAAUAUUCAUGUUAUUGAAAAGUAUGAUCUCAUGUGUGGCCAGUUUGCCCUUGGGAAAUUAAA